AUGCCAGUGUAUAUCCUCCCUUUUGGCCACGAUCCUCGCCGCGCACGAUUUGUGUCUCCUUCCCGUUACAAUGCAACUUCCAGUCCUCCGGCCCUCAACAGUAGGGAGUUCCCCGGUUACCCUCACAGCGCUUCGUCUUUGCGCCUAGAUGCCGAAGCGGAGCGUCGCCGAUGCGAAAACACAGCGCUGCGAGUUCCUAAGUGCCUCCCGGCACUAUGUUUGGCAAGCCGGCGCUUGUUCAACGAAGCCACACCCGUUUUCCUGCGAAACACCACGUGGGUCAUCCGUAGCGGACCGGCCAAUCUGUUCUUGACCCAAUUUCUCGAGACGAUCCCGGAUGACAAGGGGUUCAAGGCUGUGAAGGGACUCCGCUUCACAUCUUUCCAUUGGUUCCGAGGCUUGGAGGUGUAUGGGCGCAACCUUGAUCUUAUGUUGAUGCGCCGUUGCACCGGACUUCGUCACGUCGAGUUCACCUUCCAUAUGGAGCGCCUUGCUAAGCCUGCACCCGACGGCAGCGAAACGGAGUACCGUCUCAAGUCGAUUGACGAGAUCGUGGCCUUCUAUGGCCUUGAGGACAUCUUCAAAUGCGAGGAGCUCAAGACUCUCACCAUCGACGCAAUUGAUUACUGGGUGCACGAGCAUCGUUGCGAUGGCAGCCCUCGGCAGCGUCUCCAGGAUCUGGUCGAUUGGAUCGUGGAUGGAUUCCUUGAACGCCAUGGGAAGAAGGUCACUGCAACAAUCGAAUGGCGCACGUAUAGGUACCGAGUUGAUGGAUGGACUCCUUACGAUUACCUUUGA